GCUCCUGAUGAUUGCGUCAUCAUGGUCAACGUUGGAGGUUUCCGGCAAAGAAUGGAGCACGGUGUUCUCAAACGCUUCCCUCACACUCGCCUGGCACGUCUCCUGUGUUGUAGCUCCGAAGAAGCCAUCCUGGAGCUCUGCGAUGACUUUGUUGCAGCAGAAAUGGAAUACUAUUUUGACCGCAAUCCACUUUUCUUCUGCUACAUCCUCAACUUUUACUUGACGGGCAAAAUGCACCUGGCGGACGGUUGGUGCUUCCUGUCCUUCCGCCAAGAGGUCGAGUAUUGGGGCAUCCAGGAUCACCAUCUGGACUUGUGCUGUUGCAACAAAUUCCAAGAACUCCUUGAUCAGACUGAGGACCUGGGCUGGGAUCAGGGGAGCGUGGACCUCCACGACUCAUCGGUGGAGGAGAAGUCCGAAGUGGAUUUGUUCGACGGCACCUGGUGUGCGGAUGUCCGUCGGAACAUUUGGCUCCACCUUGAGAAUCCGUCGUACUCCGCUUCGGCCAAAGCGAUGGCCGUCACGUCUUUGAGCGUGGUUCUGGUCUCCAUUGCGGCCAUGUGUGUCCACAGCAUGCCAGACAUCCGUCAAGUGGACCACAACAAUAGAGAAACUGAACAUCCGGGGCUUGCCUUCCUCGAAAACCUUUGCGUCUUCUUAUUUUCCGCAGAGUUUCUCCUCCGUCUGGCC